GCUGGAAGUGACCACAGGAACUGCAGGGGUGGGUACGUUGUUCUGAGUGUGGACGGUGGGGACGGAAGGCUGGGGCCACAGCGCCAGACACUGAAGGAAAGGGGAGCAGAACAAGAGCCAAAAUGUGGGCCCAGAAAUGAGCAGAACGUUGCUGCCAUCUGGGGACAGCCAGUCCCCGAGGUGCAGGGCGACAGAAGCCACAUGGCAGUGGGAGGAGGGAGUAUAACUGCCUGUGAGUCUUUAUGUAUGAGAGGAAGGGGCCUCAUCAGAGGCAUUCGUGGGAAUGUGCACCCCAAGAAGACAGGGGACAUGGGGACCCAGAGGUAUCUGAGUAGGAGCAGAGACACAUCAUUGCCUGCCUCGCGCCCUGCUCUGCAGCUGCAAUCAGCCCAUGUCCACAUGGGUUCACUGCUUCUGUUGUGGAAACCGCAUUGGAAGGGCAGCGGCCUUGGUGUUAGAAGAUUCCAGUCUGUGUCCUGGUGCUGCCCCGGCCCUGGGCCUGCAGCUCCCAAGCACAGAGGCAUGAGUGGGGAGAAUGUCACCAGGGUCGGCUCCUUCAUCCUGGUGGGCUUCCCCACGGCCCUGGGGGUGCAGUACCUGCUCUUCCUCCUCUUCCUGCUCACCUUCCUCUUUGUCCUGGUGGAGAACCUGGCCAUCAUCCUCACCGUCUGGAGCAGCACCUCCCUCCACAGGCCCAUGUACUACUUUCUGAGCUCCAUGUCUUUCCUGGAGAUCUGGUACGUGUCUGACAUCACCCCCAAGAUGCUGGAGGGCUUCCUCCUCCAGCAGAAACGCAUCUCUUUUGUCGGGUGCAUGACGCAGCUCUACUUCUUCAGCUCCCUGGUGUGCACCGAGUGUGUGCUUCUGGCCUCCAUGGCCUACGACCACUACGUGGCCAUCUGCCACCCGCUGCGCUACCACGUCCUUGUGACCCCAGGGCUGUGCCUCCAGCUGGUGGGCUUCUCCUUUGUGAGUGGCUUCACCAUCUCCAUGAUCAAGGUCUGUUUUAUCUCCAGCGUCACGUUCUGUGGCUCCAACGUCUCGAACCACUUCUUCUGUGACAUUUCCCCCAUCCUCAAGCUGGCCUGCACGGUCUUCUCCACCGCAGAGCUGGUGGAUUUCAUCCUCGCCUUCAUCAUCCUGGUGUUUCCGCUCCUGGCCACCGUGCUGUCAUACUGGCACAUCACCCUGGCUGUCCUGCGCAUCCCCUUGGCCACCGGCUGCUGGAGAGCCUUCUCCACCUGCGCCUCUCACCUCACCGUGGUCACCGUCUUCCAUACAGCCUUGCUUUUCAUGUGUGUCCGGCCCCAGGCCAUUGAUUCCUGGAGCUCCAACAAGCUCAUCUCUGCCGUGUACACUGUUGUCACGCCAAUAAUUAACCCUUUGAUCUACUGCCUGAGGAACAAGGAAUUUAAGGACGCCUUGAAAAAGGCCUUGGGCUUGGGUCAAACGUCACACUAAGACAACUAAAUGUCCUAGAGUAAAAUCUGUAGUGAUGAAACAACAUUGUAUAUGGCACUUUGUGCUCUUUAAAUUCAUUUUUAAGUUAAAUUUAACAAACCUACACAACUAAGUGAAAUUUAACAAACCUACACAACUGUGCACAAGUAACAAGCCUUCGUCUGCAUAUGUUUUCACAAAAGGACCGUGCUCGUGGAACCAGCUCCCAGAUCAAGAACUAGAAGCUGCCUUCACGCCCUCUCCCAGUCAUUAUCCCUCCUCCACAAAAAGCACUAUCCUGACUUCCAAAACCAGAUGCUAGCAUUGGUGUUUCUGAGGGGCUUACACAUAAAGUAUGUGCCCUGUUAUGUUCAGCUUCUUUCAUUCACCGUGCUGCUUGAGUGAAUCCUUGAUGUUUUUGCAUGUAACAAUAAUUCAUGCAUUCUCAUUGCUAUCCAAUAUUCAUAAUAAAUAAUACAUUUAUACUGUAUAAUACACAAUGCAUAAUACAUUUAUACCGGGAUAAUACAUAUACUGGGAUAAUGCAUAUACUGUAUUAUGUAUUAUAUACACAUAAUACAUUAUGCUGGGAGAAACCCUGUCCCACCUGUCCCAGCAGGUGUGAGCCACUGUGCUCAUCCAUAAUUUAUGUAUCUAAACACAGAUAAGGUAAGUAAAAAUAUAAUGUCAUAAUCUUAUGGGACCACCAUCUUAUGUGCUGUUCAGGUCAUCAUUCACCAAAUGUCAUUGUGUGGUGCACUACUGUGUCAGUUGAGAAUAUUUGUGCUGGCUUAUUUCUGGAUCCUCUGUUCUGUUAAAUUGAUCUACGUAUCUAUCAAUAUCACACCCUCCAUCCAUACCACACAGUCUUGAUUUAUAUGUAGUAAAUCUUAACACUGGAAGAGUGACUCCUCCCACUUUAUUCUUCUGUUUCAAAACUACUGUGGCUAUUGUACAGCCUUUAUAUUUUCAUAUAAAUUUUAUAGUAAGCCUGUCAAUGUCUACAAGAGAACCUCGCUGAGAUUUUGCUAGAAAUUCCAUAAAACCCAAAAAUCAAUUUGGGAAGAACUGACUUCAUUACUCCGUUGAGUCUUUCAAUCCAUGAACAUAGUAAACCCCUCCAAUUAUUGAGGUCUUCAUUCUUUAAAUCAGUGUUUUGUACUUUUUAAUAUGCAGAUUCUGUGUGUGUUUUGCUGGAUUUAGACCUAAAUAUUAUAUUUUCUUUGAAGCAACUGU